AUGGGUGCGGAACGGGUAGAGAAUCACUUGAAGAGUCUGCUGACCAAGCACUUUGACCCCCAGAAGGCUGACUCCAUCUUUACCGUGGAGGGAGAGACUCCUGCCUGGCUGGUACAGAUGAUCGCCCACACCACCUGGAGAGACCUUUUCUACAAGCUGGCCGAGGCCAACCCUGGACAGUCUGAUGCUCAACUUCACUGUCAAGCUCAUCUCAGACGCGGGCUACCAGGGGAGAUCACCAGUGUGUCCACGGCGUGCCAGCAGCUGGAGGUGUUCGCCAGGGUCCUGAGAACCUCUCUGGCCACACUGCUGGAUGGAGAAGAGGACAACCUGGAGAAGAACCUGCCAGAGUUCGCUAAGAUGGUGUGUCACGGUGAGCACACUUAACUGUUUGCCCAGGCCAUGAUGUUUAUCAUGUCUCAGGAGGAGCAGGGAGGAUCGGCCAGGAAGUACAGAAGUCUGCACAUCAGAGCCCACUGCAAAUCCAACUUCAUCAUGAUGAACUGAGAAUGACACUGGUUUGGUUUAACUUGACUGAGGAUGUAGCGGGAAGCCCAGGACCUUUUGGUUAUGAGCCAAUCCCUGGAUGUGUUCUGCUGAACGAGAACUGGAACAUUGCCGAUUUUGAGGCUGACCACUUGGGUGUAGACUUUCACCUGCAACUUUUUAUUUUCAAAUGUGGUGUAAACACAUGACUCAGAAUUAGGAUGUUGUGUAUUAUUGCUUGUCUGGAGGUAUGUGGAGAACUCAUGCAGCUCCAUUCAUUUCACUGUAGUUUCCAUUAGUAUGAGCUAAAGUUUAGGUCUGUUAAUAUGUAUGACUGACUGCUCAAAAGGUUUGGCCUUUUUCAUGGUUGUCUUUUCCAAUUUGACAAGAAUCAUGACAUCUUGGUUUUAUUAGUUCCAGACGUAGCGACAUCCACCAUUCUGCAGCAUUUAUUGAGGUGGUUCAGAAAAUGUAUCAACUAUUAAAACAAGUUUCUGUAACAGGCCUGGAUUCAAACAAAUUGAACUGUGGAAACCGUCAUGAUGACAAGCAUAAAUUACCUUUAAGCUAAGUGCAGUGAAUUUCAGUCCAUUUGUUUGAACCCUGGCCUUGCUUUCAGAAUACUGAAAUCAUUCAGUUAAAUUUGCAUACAACAAAAGACAAGUGACAUCAGAAUUGAUCAAAGCUUCAACAUUUACAGCCACAAUGAAUUCUUCCUAGCCUUUUGAGCUUAAGCUAAAUUGUGCACCUAAUAUCAGCAUUUGUACUUGUUCAAAAGACAAAGUACAUAAUGACUUGUUCAGUAACAUUUUGUAUAAGAAAAAGAUCCGAAAGCACAUCAAGGCAACAUUUUUU